AGAAGAGACACUGCUCAACCAAGCCACUGAGUGAGAGAGGUGCAUGGAGAUUAAGAAAAACAUAAAGUAGAACGAAGGGCAUGUGACACUGAAUACUUUACAGGAACUACCUGAACAGUCACAUUUCUACUUUAUAUGGGAGGCAGAACAGAAAACAACUACCUGUGGAGAUGGGAAGCACAACCCCCCCAGUGAACUUCAAUGUGAGUGACAACUCUUCAGACCCAGCUAAGAAUGAGGAGGGCUACAGCGAGACGACGAUCCUGCUGGGCAUGGUCAUGUCCUUACUCGUCCUGUGCAUUGUCUUUGGCAAUAUCCUGGUCAUAACAGCAAUUGCCCGCUUCCAGCGUCUCCAAAAUGUCACCAACUGUUUCAUCACAUCUCUGGCCUGUGCUGACCUGGUCAUGGGUCUUAUUGUGAUUCCUUUCGGUGCCUGUUACAUCAUCUUCAAGACCUGGCAUUUUGGUAGUUUCUGGUGUGAGUUCUGGACUGCGACUGAUGUGCUUUGUGUGACUGCAAGCAUCGAGACCCUGUGUGUUAUAGCAAUAGACCGUUACCUAGCCAUCACUUCUCCCUUCCGCUACCAGUCGAUGCUGACCAAGUGCAAGGCUCGCAUUGUGGUUGUGCUGGUGUGGGUGAUUGCCGCUUUGAUAUCGUUCCUGCCCAUUCACAUGAAGUGGUGGAUAUCCGAUGAUGAGCAAGCAAAGGAAUGCAUUGCGAACAGUAGCUGCUGCGAGUUCUACACCAACAUGGCUUAUGCCAUCACCUCCUCCACCAUCUCUUUCUACAUCCCUUUGAUCAUCAUGGUUUUUGUGUACAGUCGUGUUUUCCAGGAGGCCAAGCGCCAGCUGAAGAAGAUUGACCAAAGUGUUGGACGUUUUCAUAACAGCGACAACACCACCCUCAAAUCUCUAGAGGCCAAUAAUGGUCGUGUCCACAAGAAGGUUAAGUUUUGCCUGCGGGAACACAAAGCCCUAAAGACACUGGGCAUCAUCAUGGGGAUCUUCACUCUGUGCUGGCUGCCCUUCUUUCUGCUCAACGUGGUGGUGGCCAUCUGGAAGGUGGAGAACAUUGACCUCACCUUCAGGAUACUGAACUGGAUAGGUUAUGCAAACUCUGCCUUCAACCCGCUCAUUUACUGCCGGAGUCCUGAAUUCAGGUAUGCCUUCAAGGAAAUCCUCUGCAUGAAGAGGAACCGCCUCAGCAACCCGGGGCCCGUGAAUGGAUACAUCUACAGCAGGCACAGCUGGCAGAGUGAACAGCAAGGGAGGAGUAAGGGCAGCUCAGAGGACAGUGAUGCGAAUGAAGGGUGUCUAGGUAAAGGAGCAGGUGUCUGUAGUGUUGUGGACAGAGCAGUGGACCCUAACGGGAACUGCAGCAAAGGCCUAUCAACUGUCACGACUGUCCUUUAAACUUGGAGCCCUGAGACGUCUGUCAACAGGGCGAUCAAGACAUGUUUACACUGCUUUCAUAAAGUUUUUUUUCCAAUUGACUGAUGAAGGUAAGGCCAGUUGAACUGACCGGCAGAGUGUCUACAGACUGCUUUAAAGAAACAUAAUCACAGUGAAUAGAUACUGUAGGUAGGUCACUUUUCCUUUAGCUACAUUUAUCACAUUGAUUUUUACAUCUACCUCAUCACAUCUUUUUAAAUAUUUCUUUCUUAACUCUAAACUAUUUCACACAACUCACUGUCCACAGGACUUACAUUGGAGCAGUAUCUCAGCUGUUUAUUUACUCGACUGAAUGCUCUGUGGACUAUAUAAUUGUUAAUUAUCUGGCUCCAAUUGAAUUUGUGGGCAUGUUUUUUAUCUCGGAGUUCUUGGCGAUAGAUCCCACAAUUUACUCACAUAAAAAUGUUUUUGAAAAUCAAAGUAGAUGUUGUUCAAGGCUGUAAAUUCCAUCUGAGUGUGCCAAUUCGGCAUGAAUAGUAAGUCACUUAUUUCCAUCAGAAAACGAGGAGUGUUAAAGGAUCACGAUGUAAUGCCUCUUUGGUGCUUUUAUUUUGAAGAAAUACAUUCCAGCUCAACCAAAAUUAUGAUUUAGAAUCAUUUGGUUUCCUUUUUUUAAAAAAAUGGAUUGUCUGAGUGUGAUCGAUGAUCAACAACAGGUGUGGCAGAACCUGUCUCUCUCUCUCCCUCUCUCUCUCCCCUCACCGCUCAGCAAUGCUGUGAGGCCCCUCUCCCAGCUCUAGUGUUUUACAGCCUGUUGCAUGGGAGUUUCUGUUGCCAGCAGAUAGCACCAGAGUUAUGAACUGUCACAGCUAUCUAGAUCUCAGUAGUGCAAGCUGAGAGGUUAGGUUAUAUCAGCUAGAUUCCAUUGUCAUAGCCCUAAAGAUAUCUAAUAUCUUUUGGUCCAAAGCAAAUAACAUUAUGUUUAAUGUGGUUAAUCCUGGGUAUUGAACUUUAAAGCUUGUAGCUGUUUUAUGUAUAAAUUCCAAUGCCCUUUUUUUUUUUUUUUUUUUUUUUUUUUUUACAUUUGCUACAAUGCAAACAUUACAUAGCCAUCACAUAAAUGUGUGCCAAACUAUUAGUUAUUCCUGUCCCCUCUUUGUGCCAGUAGCAAUAACAGUUGUUCCUACUGUUGCACAAACUCUGUUUGUUUGUUGAAAUUUCGUGGUUGCUGUGUUUCGGCAUGUCCAGUGUUUACUGAAACCAGAGAAGCAGUUUCCUUAGCCAUGGCACAAGGGUACAAACCACACACAGUAAUAAACAGUGCGUUGAAAUAGCCAAGUGAUAACAAAGUUCCAGGCCCCAGACACAGUGGUGAUGAUUACUCAGGCCAAUAAACAGAUGAGAAAAACAGUGCACCUUUGUCACUGCUCCCUGACAUUUCCCAGAGUCUCCUCCCUGUAAACGGAUGUCUGGGUCUUUACUAAAUCAGUCUAACGUUUGAAUAAGAUGCUCAGGGGUCCUCUUAGCAGAGUCUCAGCUGUUUCAUUUCUUUCAGUCAGUUUCGGUCAGUCUCCUUUAGACACUCUCGGUGUGCAGUCUCCAGGAAAUGCCCCAGUCCAGCUGAGCACAACCCAGUAAACACGAUAAAAUCCAUUAUUGCUGCUGUUUAGCUGGAGAAUCAGAUAAGUCAUGACUAAAACCAACACUGAAAUAGAUUAGUAGCCUGCAAAGUAUACAGUUCCCAAUUUGCAGGUUUUGAUGAUAUGCUCUUUCUUGUCACUCGUCUUAAGAUCCCAGGCUCACUUUUUGACUUCAGCAAGCAUUAAUAGAGCAUGAGCACUUGGCAUGCAGGGCUGUAAUUGGAGAAUUCACCCCACUUUUCCCACAUUAUAUGGCUUUCAACAUCAUCACUCUCAAGAGGAGUAAUGGAGGUGUCGCUGCAUAUGUAACCCCCUUUUCCCCAGUCAGUUUAGCGAUGUCUAGUAUGUUCUGAUCAAAGUGGCAGCAUGCUAAAUGUGGCUACUGAAGGCAGGAGGGGGAGCAGGGAUUCUCUGCCAGUCUAAAUCUGUGUCAGUGACCUGUGUUUUAGUGCAUGUGUUCUGGAGUAAGGUCAGCUGACACCAUCAAAACUGUGAACUUUGUUCCCUCAGAGGAAUCUCCAUGUACUGUAUCACUAGGUUUAGUUGGCACUGUUGUCACAGACCUUAGGGACAGACGUAAACAUGGUGUCAUCAUACGUCAGUCUUUGCCAUGUGAAAAACAAGCUUUCCAGUAUGUUGAACUCUUUCUCUGUUUUUCUUUUUCAUAGAUUUACAGCAAAGUAAAUGCAGGGGUUGGAUGUCAUGACAGAAGUUCUCCAGGUUUUUUUUUUCUCCAGCAUUUUCACUGUACAGCAUGCAAAAAGCACAAAACAGAUGAAGAUGCUAGACCAAGAUUGUAUUUAUUCACUCAGAUUUAAUAAAGGCACUGACGCUAUAUUAAUGAGUCACUGCUCGAUUUAAAAAAAAAGGGUCUGUAUUUAAAUCAUCUGUCAUUUUUAGAAACACCUCGCAAGUGAUGGUUUGCAUGUCUGCUAUAUAUUUGUGGUGAUGUGUUUGUGGAUUUUGGUGACAUUUCCUUUCAAAGUGAUCAGUUUUAGUCCAAGUGGAAUAGGUUGUGAACUGAAUAUCCACACUGCUCCCUCCUGGCAGUGGCCACUCCUUGCACCUCAUGGUUAUUAAUGGUUACCAUUUCAUCAAUGCGCCUGUAUAAUAAGGAGCGUAAUUCAUGUCUUCACCUCCUCUAGCAGGAGGACACAACACAGUUAUGUGCAAUGAGUCUUGAAUGAUUAGCUGACACUACAACAUUCCAAGCACAGCUGAUGGUUUGGAACCAUGUGCAAUGCAACAAAGUCUCACCCCAGAUUUAUCUACUGGUCUAAUAAAAUAAAAUAAAAGUUUUUAAAGUGGAUUCUGUGUUACAGAUAAGUCUUAGAGGGUAUACUUUAAAAUGUGGCACAUAUAUUUUCAAGGCUCAGGUGGGCCAAUGCUAAUGUUGUCCUCACUUGUCCACUAUUGUUCCUAUUGAACAAAAACAGCUCCCUCAUGGUUUAGAUUAGGUCAUUCACGUACUUAAAGCAGCACUGUAUAGCACUUUUCAUGAAACAUUUGUAGAUUUUUUGAACAACUGAAUCCAUGUCUGAGUUCAUGAGCUAUAAAUACAUAAUGGCUGAAGAGUUAUGCCCGUUCGCUUGUACCAUAAUAUUUUUGUGGAAGUUCCUUUUCCUGUUAGUGACUCAAAAUGAAGAGUCAUGAGAAACGGUCGCUGUGGAAUCUCAGCGCAGACAGUUUUGAAGGUGGACUAUUCUGAUGAGAAUUGUUGUGUGUAAAUGUGAAUUUUCUAUGAAAGUGAAAUACUGCUUCAGUUGUCAUAUGACAAGUAAACCUAUCAUAUGUGAACUUCUUUUUGUGGCCAGAGUGAAAAAGUUGUCACUCAGCUGAAUGUUUACUUAAUGUUUGCAAGCUAUUUCCGCACAAGUUUUUUUUUUUUUUUUUUUCACUGUUAAGGUAAUGAAGCCUGUUACAACAUGUGGUGUCAUGUGGUAUUUAUGAAAAAGCAAAAGUGUAUGUGUCGUAACAUUUAUAUUGAAAUAAAUUAUGUACAUGUUGCAUGAAAUGUCA